AUGUGUAGUGUGCCACACGCCGUCUAUCUUACUACUCCUCCAAGCUCUGUUGUAGGGUCUGGUCAUGACUAUGAUAGCAGUGAUGAACUUCAAUCUGCUCGACUGCUCGUCCAGACUCCACCUAGCUCUCCACCUGAACCACCACAGAGUUACCGUGUCCACAAUGACAGGAUUCAGAAACACGGCAGCCGUCCUACAAUAGGACAUUCCUGGCUCAAAUCACCCCCCAAACAAAAUGAGCUCUUCGCAUUCCCGCGCAUACCUCCCAUAAUGGACCGCCUGCCUAAGUCUAGCAGAUAUCCAAGAGGGCAAAGACAUCCUCACGCGUUGCCUGAAACUCAUGCCCAAGAACAUCUUGAUUGCGAAUACAAGUGUUUGUCUGCUCUGGCAUUGGUUUGGGCAGCUGAGGCGAAGGCCCAAGACAAGCAACUUCAUGAAAUGCUUGUCGAAGAGGAACUUGCAAAAUAUGCCGUUAGCGCCGCAGAAGCUUCCAUUUUCCGGAGGGUCUUGGUUGGACGUAGUGUGGAGGAGCUCGAUGCUGAUGUGGACUUCUGCGUUGGCGCAUACAGUCAUGAAUUUCGGUUGUUUUCUGUUGCCGACUCCACCCUUGAUCAGAUUGAGGGUGUUGCUUUGUGUCUUUCCAAGUCCAAAGAGGAACCUCAUGCUGAUUCAGCUUCCUCUGACUUUGACAUCGAUGAUUGA